AUGCCGUCAACUUCUUUCGUGACAUCCAGAUCGAUGACCCUGUUCGCCGGUGCCUCGUCCACUCUUCGCAAUCGGGUUGCGAACCCUACCGCAAUGUUGAAGAGCAAGAAAAAGGAGGGAAAGGAAAAAACGGAGAAAACGGAAAAAACCGAGAAAACUUCGGAAAAGGAAAAGGAGAAGAAAGAUAAGAAGAAAGAGACAUUGGAAAGCUCACAGCAACAGCAGCAACAGCAACAACAGCAACAACAGCAACAGCAACAACCCGUGCCCACCAUUCACACCGAAGAUCUCUCAUCCGGGCCAUCGGGACAAGAAGAAGCGCCACCAUUAACAGCGUUGAAACGGAAUACUUAUGGAGGAGGUCCACCAAUCGCUCGCCGUGAUCGACGCCAAUCAAGCAGCCUAUUCGCUUUAUCAAACAAUCGAGAGCUUCAAAAAUUACCGAAUAUUAAAGACUCACCACCGGCCGAACGAGAGGAACUCUUCGUGCAGAAGUUGCGCCAAUGCUCGGUGCUGUUCGACUUUGCUCUCGAUCCGCUCUCUGAUCUCAAGUACAAGGAAGUGAAACGAGCCGCGCUGAACGAGUUGAUCGACUAUGUGUCCGUUGGGAGAGGGGUUAUCUCAGAGAUCAUCUAUCCGGAAGCCGUUAAUAUGUUCGCCGUGAAUCUCUUCCGCGUCUUGCCACCUCCAUCAAAUCCAUCAGGCGCCGAAUACGAUCCGGACGAGGAUGAGCCAAAUCUCGAGGCAGCUUGGCCACAUUUGCAGCUAGUUUACGAGUUUUUCCUUCGCUUUCUCGAGUCACCGGAUUUUCAAUCGUCGCUCGCCAAGAAAUACAUUGAUCAACGCUUUUUGCUCAAGCUACUCGACAUUAUGGACUCGGAGGAUCCGCGCGAAAGGGAUUUCCUCAAAACGACCCUUCAUCGAAUUUACGGGAAAUUUCUUGGCUUACGAGCGUUCAUCAGAAAAAGUAUCAACAACGUCUUCUACUCGUUCAUCUAUGAGACGGAAAGGCACAAUGGAAUUGCUGAAUUGCUCGAGAUUUUAGGCUCGAUCAUCAAUGGUUUCGCAAUUCCGCUUAAAGAAGAGCAUAAGACGUUUUUGUUGCGAGUUUUGCUACCAUUACAUAAGGUCAAAUCCCUAACCGUCUACCAUCCUCAAUUGGCGUACUGUGUCGUGCAAUUCUUGGAAAAAGACCCAUCACUCACCGAGCCGGUCAUCUCGGGAUUGUUAAAAUUUUGGCCGAAAAUUCACAGUCCGAAAGAAGUGAUGUUCCUGAAUGAGCUCGAAGAGGUGCUUGACGUGAUCGAACCGUCUGAGUUCAAGAAAGUCAUGAAACCGCUGUUCACCCAGUUGGCCAAAUGCGUGUCAAGUCCACAUUUUCAGGUGGCCGAACGUGCUCUGUACUAUUUCAACAAUGACUACGUGAUGAAUUUGAUUGGAGAAAACGCGCAAGAGAUUCUGCCGAUCAUGUUCCCCGCACUCUACAAGCACUCGAAAUCUCACUGGAAUAAAACAAUUCAUGGUUUAAUCUACAAUGCUUUGAAGACAUUCAUGGAAAUCAAUCAAAAGCUUUUCGACGAGUGCAGUCAGAAUUUCAAUAAAGAACGCGAGUUGGAGAAAGAGCGAGCCGCGAAGAAAGAGCUCAAAUGGGAACAAAUCGAGACGGCCGCCAGAGAGAAUCCGAAGUGGGUUGAAGUCUCGUCGAUUUUUGGCACCGAUCACCCAUCGCGACCGAAAUGGUUGGCUGAGGAGGAGGAUUUGAGUUUGGAGGGAAGAGGGAUCGGCGACGGUGAUGGAUUUCGAAUGGACUCAGGACAAACCGGCUCGAGACGUGAUAUCGCCUUUGUACAGAAAAAGAGCGAGUUGCCGCCGGAUGUGGCUACAGAGCGAGCGCUCGAAGAGUUCAAACGACAUGACCCCUUUUUAAAGACUGUCCGAAAUGCGGAU